AUGCAUCCUCAUGUUGAGCCUGAUUGUAGUCCAUUUGUCGGCGUCACGUUCAGUGGCAAACCGGCGCUGCUUCUUAAAAUGGCGACCGAGCCGGACGACUGGGCCCGGCCGGCCUUCGUCACGAGUACGGCCGAGCCGGCGAGCCGAGCUCUCAACCUACAGUGCAGCAUCCCGGGGCUAGCCUGCUUGCGACUGCCGCCUUCAGGCGCUCCCUACAAAUGGAAGGCUAAAAUGGCCUUCGACUCCGUGAGACCAUCGAAACGCUUCAGUCUGCAGUUCGUCUGGAAUAGCCGGUUAAAGGAUACAGAUUAG